AUGCUGCUCUUCCUUAUCAUUCUGUUGCCAGUAGUUUUUAAAUUUAGUUUUGUUAGUCUCUCAGUACUGCAAGGCUGGGACUGUUCUGAAGGCUCUUCCUCAGGAAAGGGGAAUUCUACUUGUGUGGGUCCUGAACCCUUCUUAAUUUUCUCCCAUGGAGGCAGUAUCUUUAGGAUUGACCUGGACGGAACUAAUUAUGAGCAGUUGGUGGCUGAUGCUGGUGUAUCAGUGAUCAUGGAUUUUCAUUACUAUAAGGAAAGACUCUAUUGGGUAGAUCUAGAACGGCAACUUUUGCAAAGAGUUUUUCUGAAUGGGACAAGGCAGGAGACAGUAUGCAAUAUAGAGAAAAAUGUUUCAGGAAUGGCAAUAAAUUGGAUAAAUGAAGAACUUAUUUGGUCAAAUCAACAGGAAGGAAUCAUUACAGUAACAGACAUGAAAGGAAACAAUUCCCGUGUUCUCUUAAGCGCCUUAAAAUAUCCUGCAAAUGUAGCAAUUGAUCCAGUAGAAAGGUUUAUAUUUUGGUCUUCAGAGGUGGCUGGCAGCCUCCACAGAGCAGAUCUCAAUGGUGUGGAAGUGAAGAUUCUGUUAGAGACGUCAGAAAGAAUAACCGCUGUGUCACUGGAUGUGCUUGAUAAACGGCUUUUUUGGAUUCAGAACAAUAGAGACGGAAGCAAUUCUUAUAUUUGUUCCUGUAAUUAUGAUGGAGGUUCUGUACAUUUUAACAAACACCUUACGCAGCACAGUUUGUUUGCAAUGUCCCUUUUUGGUGAUCGUAUCUUCUAUUCAACAUGGAAAAAGAAGACAAUUUGGAUAGCUAACAAACACACUGGGAAGGAUAUGGUUAGAAUCAACCUCAAUCCAUCAUUUGUACCACCUGGUGGAACCAAAGUAGUGCAUCCACUUUUACAGCCCAAGGCAGAGAGUGAUGCUUGGGCACCUGGUCAGAAACUCUGCAAGCUGAGGAAAGGUAACUGCACAGGCAGCGUGUGUGAGCAAGACUCUAAGUCCCAUUUGUGCACGUGCGCGGAGGGGUAUACUUUAAGCCCAGAUGGAAAGCACUGUGAAGAUGUCAAUGAAUGUGCCUUUUGGAAUCAUGGCUGUACUCUUGGGUGUGAAAACAUUCCUGGAUCUUAUUAUUGCACAUGCCCUGUAGGAUUUAUUCUGCUUCCUGAUGGGAAACGGUGUCAUCAAUUAAUUUCCUGUCCAAGCAAUACAUCUAAAUGUAGCCAUGACUGUGUUCUGACAUCAGAUGGUCCCAUAUGUUUCUGUCCUGAAGGCUCAGUGCUUGAGACAGAUGGAAAAACAUGCAGUGGCUGUUCAUCACCCGAUAAUGGUGGAUGUAGCCAACUCUGCCUCCCUCUUAGCCCAGUAUCCUGGGAAUGUGGUUGCUUUCCUGGGUAUGACCUACAACUGGACAAAAAAAGUUGUGCAGCAUCAGGACCACAGCCAUUUUUGCUGUUUGCCAAUUCUCAAGAUAUUCGACAUGUGCGUUUUGAUGGAACAGAUUAUGGAUCCCUGCUCAGCCAGCAAAUGGGAAUGGUUUUUGCCCUUGAUCACGACCCUGUGGAAAAUAAGAUAUAUUUUGCCCAUACAGCCCUGAAGUGGAUAGAGAGAGCUAAUAUGGAUGGUUCUCAGCGAGAAAGGCUUAUUGAGGAAGCAGUAGAUGUGCCAGAAGGUCUUGCCAUAGACUGGAUUGACCGUAAAUUCUACUGGACAGACAGAGGGAAAGCUCUCAUUGAAGGGAGUGAUUUAAAUGGAAAGCAUCGUGAAAUAAUCAUCAAGGAGGAGGUCUCUCAGCCACGAGGAAUUGCUGUCCAUCCAAUGGCCAAGCGAUUAUUCUGGACUGAUAUGGGGAUUAAUCCACGAAUUGAAAGUUCUUCCCUUCAAGGCAUUGGCCGACGGGUUAUAGCUAGUUCUGAUCUGGUCUGGCCCAGUGGAAUAACGAUUGAUUACUUAACUGACAAAUUAUAUUGGUGUGAUGCCAAGCAGUCUGUGAUCGAAAUGGCCAAUCUGGAUGGUUCAAAACGCCGAACACUUGCCCAGAACGAUGUAGGUCACCCUUUUGCUAUAGCUGUGUUUGAGGAUCACGUGUGGUUCUCUGAUUGGACUAUGCCAUCGGUAAUAAGGGUGAACAAGAGGACUGGCAAAAAUAGGGUACGUCUCCGAGGCAGCAUGCUGAAGCCUUCAUCACUGGUUGUAGUUCAUCCAUUGGCAAAACCAGGAUCAGAUCCCUGCUUACACCAAAAUGGAGGCUGUGAACAUAUUUGCAAAGAGAGGUUUGGAUCUGCUCAGUGUUUGUGUCAUGAAGGUUUUGUGAAAGCCCCAGAUGGGAAAAUGUGUCUGGCCCUCAAUGGCCAUCAGAUACCACCGGCAGUAGGUAGUGAAGCAGAUCUAAGUAACCAAGUAACGCCACUGGAUGUCUUAUCCAGGAAUAGAGGAUCUGAAGAUAACAGUACAGAAUCUCAGCAUAUGCUAGUGGCUGAGAUCAUGGUGUCAGAUAAUGACGACUGUGGUCCUAUAAGAUGUGGUACAUGGGGUCAGUGUGUUUCAGAAGGAGAAAAUGCCACAUGUCAGUGUUUGAAAGGAUUUACUGGCGAUGGAAAACUAUGUUCUGAUAUAAAUGAGUGUGGGACAAGCACCACCGUUUGCCCUCCCACCUCCUCCAAGUGCAUCAACACUGAAGGCGGCUACGUUUGCCAGUGCUCAGAAGGCUACCGGGGAGAUGGGAUUCACUGUCUUGAUAUUGAUGAGUGCCAGUUGGGCAUACACACCUGUGGGGAAAAUGCCACCUGUACAAAUACGGAGGGAAACUACACCUGCAUGUGUGCGGGCACCCUGUCUGAACCUGGACAGAUAUGUCCUGACUCUACUCCUCCUUCUGUUCUCAUGGAGGAUGGCCGCUAUUCUGUGAGAAACAGUUACCAGGAAUGCCCCCCAUCCUAUGACGGGUACUGCCUCUAUAACGGUGUGUGUAUGUAUAUUGAAGCAGUGGACAGAUACGCAUGCAACUGUGUUUUUGGCUAUGUUGGGGAGCGAUGUCAGCACCGGGACUUGAAAUGGGAACUGCGCCACGCUGGCCAAGGGAGACAGCGGCAAGUCACUGUGGUGGCCGUCUGCGUGGUGGCGCUCGUCUUGCUGCUGCUGCUGGGGCUGUGGGGGGCGCACUGCUACAGAACUAAGAAGCUACCAUCAAAAAAUUUGAAGAAUCCUUAUGAAGAGUCGAGCAGAGAAGUUAGUAGGCCUACAGACAGCGAGGCCGGGAUGGCCUCUUGUCCCCAACCUUGGUUUGUGGUUAUAAAGGAACACCAAAAUCUCAGGAAUGGAAGUCAAUCUAUGGCCCUCAAGGACAGUGAGGCAGCAGAUGUUAGCCAGUUUUCCUCUCGGGAGACAGGGUCAGUGCAACUGCCAUCACGGAGAAAUGAACCCCAGGUGUACAUGGGCGCAGAGCAAGGCUGCUGCAUUCCACCAUCCAGUGAUAAAGGCCCUGGUCCCCACGGAAUGCAGUGGGGUUUUCAUCUCCCUUCCUGUGAGGCACAGCCCAUUGCUCUGGGGGUUGAGAAGUCACAAUCUCUCUUGUCAGCAAACCCCAUACUGCAACAAAGGGCCUCAGAUCUACCACACCAAAAGAAGCUGACUCAGUGA